GCCUUGUGCCUGCCGUUGACUUUGUGGAACGGUAUGCGCGAGGAAUGAUUUUUGUGCCAAUAUUAUUAUUCUAUUUGACCGAAUUGUGUGUUACCGUGUUCCGAAAAGGACGUAUUUUACUCGAUAUAAGUGAUCUGUGAAGCUGUGAAUGAGUGGCUUGUGUUUUUAGUGUGAUUACUUUUACCAAAUAGGAUUAUUUUAUACUUUUUUAGCUGGAUAUACACGCAUUUGGGGCUCCUAAAGCUGAAAGAAUUCGGCUGAUCGAGUACAUAAAAUGCAGCGUGCGGAGCGCGUGGGCGCCGCGGGGCAGGGACUCGGCGGGGGGGCCCGCCGACUUAGCGGAUGGCGACCCCAAUGAGAUCGAGCUCGCAGGAAGCGCCGGGCCACCGAGCGAGGGUGGCGGACUCCUCUAGGAGCGGGAACGCCACGGCGAAAUCAUCCGACCACCAACACCACCAACAGCAGAACCAGAACGUCGCAGCAGCCGCUGCCGCAGCCGCUACAACAACUUCCAACGUAACCGCGGCCGCGACCGCAGCCGCCCAUCAGCCUAAUCCGGCGAACGCCAAUUUCGAGUACGAUGACAACGAAUGGGAUAUCGGCAUCGGUGAUUUGAUAAUCGACUUGGAUGCAGACAUAGAAAAGACCAACGACCAAUCGGGGGGCAUGGCGGCUAACGCCGGUUCCGGAGGAGCGCAAGCCUCCAAAACGCAGGCCACGGCCAAAAUGCACAUCGAGCACUCAGCCACCGCCGACAAAGGGCUUAAGAUGAAGAUCAAACGCACGAAACCGGGCACCAAAACCUCGGAGGCGAAACACGAAAUCGUAAAAUCCAACGAGCUGAAUGGCAUCCAGGCCGACCAACAACCGGAUCUGAAGGGCGGCGGCCAAAAGAUACACGCAGCGGCGGCGCCUCCUUCGGGCGCCGGCGUAUUAAACUCAGCAGCGGCGGCCGCGGCUGCCGCCAAAAGAGGCUCAAGCGGCCAUCGUCGGGACAAAGUCAGAGACAAGCAUUCUUCCACGUCAUCCAACUCCUCGAAUUCCUCUUCGUCUUCGUCGUCAUCCUCAUCGUCGUCCAGUGAUAACAAACCCACCAACAACAACCCCUCGAAAGCGGGGUCGGCUGCGGCCGGCGCCGCACCCAGUGCUGUGAGUGUGUCCGAAAUGAACGGCAUCAUGCGAGUGAGUGCUCCGCAAACGGGUCCGCCGCGGUCCGUGUUCCCGGCGAGUACGGGUCCAGGACCGCCACCCGCGUCUUCGGUGACGGGUGGACCGACGACCGCCGGACCGCCGCCGAGUCCAGCCGCCGCCACCGCUCCCGGUUCCGCGUCCAAACCGGAGCAGGCGAAAGUGUCGUCGACAUCUUCCGGCGGUAACUCGGCCGCCGUAACUGCCGCAGCUUCGGCCGUGGCAGUGGCGGCGGGUAUAGCAGCGACGGUUACGGGCAGUGCCGUCGGCGUGCAGGUGCAACCAUCGAAUGCGAUCGUUAGUGAUGAUGGCAGUUUGUCACCGCCACCGCCUAAUAAGAAAAUGAAGCAUGAUCCGAAGGAUGUAGCAGACGUUUGUGUGGGUACCAGCGUGGGUACCAUUACCGAACCCGAUUGUCUGGGUCCCUGUGAACCCGGUACGAGCGUUACCCUUGAGGGUAUCGUUUGGCACGAAACUGAAGGGGGUGUACUUGUCGUCAACGUGACGUGGAGGGGGAAAACCUACGUUGGAACUCUUCUAGAUUGCACAAGACACGAUUGGGCUCCACCUAGAUUCUGUGAUUCGCCUACAAGCGACUUGGAUAACAGGACGCCUAAAGGCAGAGAAACCCGAUCGUCAGUUCACAGUAAGCUCCGCAACGGCGGCGGUGGCACCGGGGGCGGCGUGGGAGUCAAAGGCCGAAGAGGCGGCGCGGCCGCUAACGGCUCAGGUCCCUCGACAGCCCCCUCUUCGCCCACACCAUUCGUACCACCGCGACCUGACGCCACCAACAAACGAAAGAGUCGAGCCGGCGAAGAAGAAACAGCCGCCCCCCAACCGGGCGGCGCCGUGAAGAAACCGAAAGCCUCUCUGGCCCCAGUAGUACCUGUAGUAGCGACGGCACCGCCCGCCGCCCCUUGCACCAGCCCACCACCCUCGCCCGUUCUCCUGGAAUGCCCCGAACCCAACUGCUCCAAGAAGUACAAGCACAUCAACGGUUUGAAGUACCACCAGUCGCACGCGCACGGCUCCGCCGAUGAUGAAGACACCAAAGACGUAACGUCGAUGUCCGAGAACGACGAAUCGAACAUCGAAGCUCCGAGUCCCAGUAUGGUGGCGGUUAAAUCACCGGAUAAAGCACAGGAAAGUCAGAGUAGUCCUCUGACUCCUCCGCAGCAGCAGCCACCGCAACAGCAGCUGCAACAGCAGAAGAAGGAGGAGCUGCCGUUACUUCUCAGAGGAUCGAAUUUAUUGGAGGUGCCUAACAGCCAACCGGGUACGCCGAGGAGCACCCCUCCGUCACCGGCUACGCCGCAGAGCAUCCAGGAGUUACCGCCUGUAGCCAGCUCACCCACUGUGCCUAUUUUAGUAGACUCCAAGAGCAACGUCGUGAAGCCCGGCGUACUGCGGUACACGUCGCCAGAUGAGUAUCCGGUAGGAGUUGGAUUAUUUUCAGGAAGCAAACCUCAGGUCCAAGGAACACCAAUAUCAAAUUCAAACCCACUGUCGACGUCUCGAAGUACCUCGGUACCGUUAGAUCAAACGGCAAUCGGCGUUCAGCAACAAGAACCGGCGCCACAACCGCAGUCUUUCAGCAACCAACUGCAGUCGCAAGUCAACAUGGCAGCGGCUCAGUUCACGCAACCGCCUUCCAUUAUCAUCCCAUCGUCGCAGAACAGCGCCAGCAUCAUUAGUCAACCGUUGUCGCCGCACAUGCCGCCCAGUCCCAAGAUAUCCCAAUUCAAGGUGAAACCGACGUCGUCGUUGAUGCCCGACGAAAAGAAGCAACAGCAGAGCAUUCAGGGAUGUAAUAAGACGCCGGGAUUCGCGAAAAAGAAGAACAGGAAAUCGCCGGCGGGCAGUCCGCACCCGCCGCAAUCCGAGCAGCCCGUGUUCGGUUCCGAACAGUCCAGUAGAGAUGAAGUACAAAGUCCGGCGUAUUCGGAUAUUUCUGACGACGGUGCUCCCGUAAUGGAACCCGACAUGGCCGACAAGAUCAAACCGCAAGACAAAAAGACGGAAACGGGUCAACCACUACCUCACAUGCCCCAAUACGGCAUGUAUCAUCCCUUCUACGGACAACACCACCAGUAUCUGGUACCAUCGACGCAGGAGAACAAGCCAAAAGAACCCGAGAAGCCCAGCGAGAAGGAACCAACCAAAGACAGCAAAAAAGACGGGGAAUAUCCCCCAAAGGUGCUACCGCCACAUUAUUACCCGUACGGAUACGUACCCGGUUACGCUUACAACAUGGAUUCGAAUUACGGAGGGGUGCAAAUGGUGCAAGACGAUAAAAUCAAAGAUGAGCGAUUGAAAGAAAGUCCCAGCCCCAUUGAGCAAACCGUCAAACAACCUACCCCCAUUCCCAAUCCGAUUCAAGUGCCCACCCCGGGUAAAGUAAAAGACCCCAGUCUGAAAGAUAAACACCAGAACGAGAACCACCAAAUCCUCAAGGAGAGCAUAGAAAUUAAAAACCAAAUGAACCCGUACCUCUAUUCGCGACAGUCUCAACAACAACAACAACAGCAGCAGCAGCAACAACAACAGCAGCAGCAACAACAACAGCAGCAACAACAGCAGCAGCAGCAGAUGAGCCAACAACAGCAAAUGAGUCAGCAACAGCAGCAGCAACCGUCGCAUCAGCCUCAACAGCAGCAGCAACAACAACAGCAGCAGCAGCAACCACAACCUCAACACCAUGGACAGAGGGAAGAGGAUGUUAGGAGGUUCUAUGUGUACUCGGAUCAGAGGCGUAAAGAACCUCAACCGAUACCAGAACACAAGUCUAAUCAAACUCCAACAAAGGUACAAAUGUCACAGAGUCCCAACAUCAAAUCUAAAGAAAUAAAACUGGAGGAGAAGAAAGAAAAGGAGGUGAAACAGGAAGGUGUGAAACCGACGAUGGAAACACAAGGUCCUCCUCCGCCUCCUACGUCGCAGUACGCAUAUAUACAUCCGAGUUAUAUGCAACAAGCUCAUUACGGAGCUUUACCUUUUGAUCCAAACCACCCUAUGUACAGAGGAAUCAUGGUUCCCGGCCCGUACAGCGGUAGUCCUUACCUUCAUCCUCCCAUGCAGAGGUACCACGCCCCCGAGGACCUGUCCCGGCCGCCGCCGCCCACCAAAGCGCUCGACAUGUUGCAGCACCACGCCCAGUACUACUCGUCGCACAAGAUACACGAGCUGCAGGAGCGCGCCAUCAAAUCGCCGACGCCGAAGACGUCGAUGGCCGGUUCGAGUCCGUCGAUGACGAACAACAACAACAGCAACGUCGUAGGCGGCCAGCAGGGGGCGGGAGGUGGAGGCGGGCCGCCACCUCAGGGGCCUCCGGCCGCCGGUCAGGUGCAAAUGAACGCGCCGCCGGCUUCGCAGCAGCCGGGCGGCGGCGCGGCGCCGGCAAGCUGCAAGCAGCCUCAGCAGCAGGGCGAGGGGAAGGAGUCGAGGUCGCCGCCGCCGCAGAGGCACGUGCACACGCACCACCACACCCACGUGGGACUCGGAUAUCCCAUGUAUCCCGCACCCUACGGAGCUGCCGUACUGGCUAGCCAACAGGCCGCUGCAGUGACCGUCAUCAAUCCCUACCCGACGAAAUGAGUGUCCGCGACGCGCCCCCCGCAAUAUCAGACUGAUAAAAAAGCAGCAGUGUUGUAGUGACUAUAAGCAUUCCAUAAUACAAAAAAAAUUUAUCUCUUUUACGAGUUAUAAUAAUACGAGUACGUGUACCGCUGUUUGUUCUUCUCGGUUGGUUUUUUUUUUUAUCGAAAGAAAAAGAAAACAAAAUUAUAAAUAUCCCCGAUUGACUUUAUUUGAAAGAAAAAAUAUAUAUAAAAUUGGAUUGGAAAAGUUGGUGCAAAAAUUGAAAAUUUUAAAAUUCCUUUCUCGCAAAUAAAUCGACGAAUUUGUUUGGGCUAAAUAAUAAAAAUAACCAAAACAUUUUCACAUUAUAUGAAAGUAGUUUAGUACUAAAAAAAUUGACACCACCCUGUAUAUGAUUUUUAAUUUAUUUUUUAAGGACCUUUUUGUUAGUCGAUUUAGUGGAGUAAAAAUGGUUUUUCUUUAGCCGAAUUCGACGAUUUGUUUGCCAGGAAUGUAAUAAUUAAUUGAUUGAUUAAAAUUAAUUAUUAUUAUUGAAUGUGUAAAUAGUGUAAUAAAGGCGUAAUGUCUUUUUUGAAAAAGAGUCAUGUUAGAGGAGUACUUUGUAGUAGACUGAUACUUGACCUAUUAGGUACUGUGUAUUUUUUAAUGUCUUCUUUUAUUAUGGAACAUUACGAGACUAGACUUAUUGUACUGGAUGCUACGACUAUUUUUUACAUUCAUUGUUCACAAUUCGAUAUCAAAUAAGAAUGAAAGAAUUUUUGAGAUAUCACAGUUUUUUAUUGAGAAACAGUUUUGUUACAUAUCACAACAGUUUUUUAGAUUUUGCCGUACAUUUUUGAGAAAUCGUAAGUAGUUCUUCCUGGAGAUAACAGGAACAGUUUUUUUGAUGUUACAAACAGUUUUUUGAGAUAAUUAAGCAUUUUUUUUACAUAUCGCAACAGUUUUUGAGAUUUUAACUUAAAUUGUAUAUAUAUUUUAAACAGGUGUUCUUGGAGAUAUCAGAAACAGUUUUUUGAUGUCGCAAACAAUUUUUUGAGAUAAUCUGGACAUUUUUUAAAACAUUUCGCAACAGUUUUUGUGAUUUUGCUGAAAUAUCACAAGCAGUUCUUGGAGAUAUCAGAAACAGGUUAUUAAUGUCACAAACAGUUCUUAAGACUGUGGUAAGUUUUGAUAUGGAUAUAAAAUUUUGAUAUAUCCUGUUUUUUAUUUUUGAGAUAUUCUAGUUGUACUAGUUGCAAAUAUUUUUCCAUGUAUAUGUUUGACAUCAUUUUAAUUUUAACCAAAUAGUUUCGAAUAGUUCAUGUACAGUUUUUGAGAUAUAUCUAUUGUGGCUUCUUUUAGUAUUAAACAUUGUUUGAAUAUAUUUUAUAUAUUUUAAAUUUGAUUUAUUAACAAUUACAACAAUUUUGUGGACAAUUUUAAUGUCAUAAAUUUUUUGAGAUAUUACUAACAGUUUCUGAGAUAUUUUAUAUUUUUUUUUUCAUCUUUUAUUGCAACACUACUCAUCCUAGUCAGUCGUAUAGUUUAAAUGGCAGUUUUUUUAAAAUUAUUUGACAGUUUCAAAAAUAUCAACAGUUUCAAAAAUGUCAACAGUUUUUGAGAUAUUCUAAGUAUUUCUUGUCUUUUUUUUUUCAAAAAUAAAUUAUAUACUUAAUUUAUUCAACAGAUUUUUUAGACACUUUUCUACCUGUGUUCAACAGUUUUCUAUGUAUUUUACAUUCUUUUUAAUCAUCAGUUUUUAAUAGUUUUAUUAGCUUGAAAAUAGUCAGAACACGUUAAAUCUGCGAAAUCUAGCUUUACAUUUCGACUGAUACUUUGAACAGUUUUUGAAAAUCCUUUUAACAAUUUUUGUUAUAUUUUAAACAUCCUAAACGAAUGUUUAUUCAACAUUUUUUUAGACAGUUUUCCAUUUAUUUCGAACAGAUUUUGAAUGAUUUCAACAGUUUAGUCCAUUUAUUGUUUUCUGUAUAUUUUAAAUCCUUUUUAAAUACCAUUCUAGACAUACAACAGUUUUAAAAGAUAUUAGUUUGAAAAUAAUUAGAACACAUUUGGAAAUUCAUAAAACUUAAUUUUUACAUUCUUACAAAAAACUGAACAGUUUUCAAUAAAUCUUUUAACAAUUUUUGUUAUAUUUUAGGCAUUCUGAACGAAUAUAUUUAUUUAACAGGAUUUUUUAGACAGUUUUUUACUUAUUUCGAACAGAUUUUGAAUAAAUUCAACACAUUAAGACAUAUUGUUCUCAACAGUUUUCUGUUUAUUUUAAAUCCCUUUUAAAUAUAUUUCUUGGAAUGCAACAGUUUUGAAAAAAAUCAAAAAACAUUGGUAAAUCUGUAAAACUGAGUUUUACAUUCUGACAAAUACUUUAAACAGUUUUUGAAAAUUAUUUCAACAAUUUUUGGUAUAUUUUAGGCAUUUUAAACGAAUGUAUUAAUUCGACAGGUUUUUUAGACAGUUUUCUAUCUGUGUCGAACAUAUUCUGAAUUAAUGAACUAGUUUAGAACAUAUUGUUUUUAACAGUUUUUUUAUAUAUUUUAAAUUCUUUUAUACAUCUUUUUAAAAUUGCAACAAUUUUUGAAGGUGUUUUAACUUGUAAAUAAUAAAAAUAUUUACGAAUUUGAGUUGUACGUUGUACAACAGUUUUUGAAAAUUCUUUUAACAAUUUUUGUUAUAUCUUAGGCAUUUUGAACUUUUUUUCUAUUAUUAUUCUUUAUUUACAAAAUAACAGUUCAAACGAACACAGUUUUUGAAAUAUAGAUUUAUAAAUUUUCGAGAUAACUCCUAAAUUUUGCAAACGAAAUAAAAAUAGAAAAUAAGUAGAGUUUGAACAGUUUUCGAAAUUUGAAAUAAUUAAAUAUAAAUGUUUGUAAAAAAUCCUCGCAGCAUCCGGUCGCAACUUUUAAUUUUUUUAUUAAAAAAAUAAAACAAGCUUCAUUCCAGUUUUAAUGGAAUGUUUGUAUAAUUAUAUUACAAACAAAAAAAAACAAUUUUUUUCUCUCUUUAAAAUGAACGCAGUCUGUACAUCUUGUAAUCUUCUGUAAAAUGCCAUGACAUUUUUUUUUAUUAUAUAGUUAUUAUAUCGAUUCUUAUGUAGGUUUUGUCUAUAUAAAAAAAGAUAUUGAGAUAUUCCAAAAUAUAAUAACAGUAUGUCCUCAAGGUAAGAAUGCGAAUCGUAAAUAUUUUGAAGAAUGUGAUUUGGUAAGUUUUUUUUUAUUUAUUUUCUCAUUUUUAUUAUUCAAAUAAAUUUCUUUUAAAAUAAAAAUUGAACUAGUUUUUCAAAUUUAUUUAUGCUUCAUAAUUUUAUUUGAAACUUGUUGUAAUAGUGAAUAUAUUUAGAUGUGUCUUGAAUGAGCGAAUUUGAAAAUUAUUUGAUAUAUCAAAAUUAGUUUUUCUCUACCAAAUAUUUUAAAUUAAUUUCUAUUAUUUGGAAUUUAUUUUUAAAUUGAUUUUUUUUAUCUACAGUUGAUUUUUCCAGGGACGUGCUUUAUAUAGGUUGUCCUAUAUAGGUGUUAAAAAUUGUUAACAAUAGUAAACAGGUUGAUCUUUUCAUCUAAAAUAUCUUAAACAUAAAAUAGAUGUCAACUUUCUUAUUUUAAAUGGGACAGCUCUAUUUUAGUUUUGAUUCUGAUAGUACAUGAAAUUUUAAUGUAUAGCUGAAAUUGGUACUUAAUGAAAUUAAUUCCAAAGAAAAAAUGACCAUUGUGGGUAUUAAAAUAGUAUUUAUUUUUAGCUAAAGUAAAAGACAAUUUGAAUAUUGUUUUAAUUGGACUAUGAUGAAGAAGGUCGUAUUCAACAUUAAAUAUAUAUUAUUAUAGAUAUCAGGGGGUCGAUUCUCGACUCGUAGGAAUUUUUUCCUAUAGGAAUUUUUGACAUUUUUCUAUACAUCGAAAAUUUAUUACAUUUUCCUACAUACAGGAAAGUGUCACAAAUUCCUAUAGGAAAAGGUUCUUACAAGUCGAGAAUCGACACCUAGAUGUGAAAAAAACAUAUUUAAAUUUUGAUCUAAUGAUACAUCGAUAAAUUAAUUGUUUAAAUAUGAUACAUAUUUUUUUCAUUAUGUCACCAUAUUCCACGGUCAAAAAUAAAUAUUUUUUAUCAAGUAGGUUUUUUAAAAGGUAAAUAUGUGAGAAAUUGAAAGUUAUUCAAAUUGUUUUCCAUCCUGUUCUAAACAUUUUUCACAUCUUUGAACGAUGGUAAAAUUAAUGAAAAACAUCCGUUUUUUCAAAUAAAAAUUUAAAACUUUUCGUCAUGAUUCGAGUAAUAUACGCAAAUUUUUAUUUUUCUGAAAAAUUCAGACAAAUAAUUUUUUUUUUCUGUUUUUAGCAAACAAAAGUAAUUUCUGAAACAGAUCAAUAGGCUUUUGAAAAAUACUUGGCCGAUCGGACAAUUUGUGGAAAAUCGCUUUCACGAAUGAAAGUUUAAAAUUUUUCAACAUGAUUGAACAGAGAAAAUUUCAAUAUUUCGAAAUAAGACAUACAUUAAAAAUAUUCAGGUUGUUUUUACUAGUGAGUCAUGGAAUAAUUUAAAAAUUUUCCAACACCAUUUCAAUUAAUCAUACAUUUCUAAAAAAAGUCCUUUUUAUUCCCCUUCUCCCUCUUGUCGAGCUGGAUAAUUUCUUCAAGGUCUUGUUGCAUUAUCUCAUCUUUUAAUUAAAGUUUUUCCUGGAAAAACCAGAUUGUGAGGAAAAUUCGUCGGAAAAGUAGGAACAUAUGGUAAAAAAAAUAUUUUUUUUGAUUUUCACCAAAGUAAAGAAAAUAUUCAGAAAUUAAAAAAAGUUGGUUUAGCCGGAAAAAUUGUUUGGAAACCAAUUUCCUGAAGAAAAAUGUUUCUAACAAUUCGACAGAGAGAAAAUUAAUGUUAAAUUUCAAAUUUUCAUACAUCAUUCGACAUGUUUUUAUAAAUUGUCAAAAAAAAAAAAUGUUUUUUAUUUCUUUCUUCCCCCUAUCGUAAAAAUCCAGACAUUUCAUUCAACGUGCCUCGGCUGGCCGGAUAAUUCACUAUCUCCUCUUUAAAGCAAAGUUUUUCCCGGAAAAUUAUUUGAUCCAAAUUUUCUUGGGAAAUAUGUUUGGAGUAUCUGGAAAAAUUUGAUGCCAGAUAAUGAAGAACGCCGAGUAGUAAAAUGGAUAUUUUUUUGGAAAAUUCUAUAAAGAAAAAUGUAUUGUUUUACGAUUUUUACCAUAUAAAAGGAAAGAUCCAGAAGCGAAUUAAUCGGCUGUCGAAAAAAGUUGGUACUGUCGAAAAAUUUAUGGAAAUUGCUUUUCCAAAAGGAAAUUUUAAGUUUUCCGACAUGAUUCGUCAGAGAAAUGUUUAAUGUUUCUGAAGUAGUGAAAUUCGAUAAGAUGUACUCACCAAAUUUCGUAACAGAUAGACAACAUGUUACAUCCAUCAAAGUUUACCAAUUUUCCAACAACAUUAACUAAAGAAAUUUUAGAAAUGCGACUAUAUAAAUUUUUUUAAUAAUUUAUGAUAAAACCAAUCUUCCCCCUUCCUCUGUCAAAGAAAUCGUGUCAAGGUCUUUUUGCUCUAUCUCCUCUUUUAAACAAGAGUUUUUAUCGGAAGAGGGUUCGACCCAAAAUAUCAAUUCAAAAUUUCCCCCAAUUUUCCUGGGAAAUGUAUUUAAAGAAACGGAAAAAUUUAGAAACCAGUUGCUAGUUAAUUAAGUCCGGUAAACAAAAAAAUAUUUUUUUAAUUUUCGCCAAAUCAAAGAAAAUUUCCAGAAACUGAUAAAUCCGCGGUUCAAAAAAAAAAGUUGGUUUAGCCGGAAAAUUGUUGGAAAACCAAUGAACAUUGUUGGAAAACCACUUUACAAUAGUUACAUUGCAAUUUUUUCUACACCUUUCGGUAGGGAGAUUUUACAAUAGUAUAUAGUUUACCAAGUAGGAAAAGUAUUAUGUAUUUGUUGACAUUAUGAGAUUGAAACAGGCCGUUAAGGUCUAUGGCCUGGUUAGUUUCUUCCAUUCGUCCCUAUUCUUGGCUUUUUCUUUCCAGUUGAUGAUCUUUUUUUCUUUAAUAUCUUCUAUGAUCUAUUCCCUCCAUUUCCUUCUAGGCCUUCCUCUUUUUUUUCUUUGGUGUUAUCCAAACUACUCUUUUUAUUAUUCUUGAGUCCUCCAUCCUUUCUAAAUGCCCCAACCAUUGUAACCUUUUUGACUGUACUAAUUCGUAUAUGUUGGGUUCGUUAAAUAUUUUGUAGAUUUCUUUGUUCGUCUUUUUUUACUUUUCUUAGUAUCAUUCGUUCCCAUAUUUCAAUAUUGGUCUGUUCUCUCUCACUGCCGUAUAGCAUUGUAGGUCUAAUUAUUGUUUUGUACACACAUUUCUUUAUUUCCCAUGACAAUUCUUUAGAUUUUUAAUAAGUUAUGUAAAACUCCUGCGCAUCUAUUGCUCUUUGCUAGACGGAGAUCUAUUUCAGCUUGUUCUUUCGCAUUUAUUUGUAAUGAGAACACCGAGGUACAUGUAACUGUCUGUUUCAUCUAUUGUUAUUUUUCCUAUGGUUUUAGUUUGUAAUUCUAGCUUUCCAGGAUAUUUUCUUAAAUGUUUGUUUUUGAGUUGCAUGUACUGACUCUUCUUUUCAUUUAUUCUUAGCCUCAUUGUUCCCGCCGCGUCUAAUAAUUGUUCUUUUUGGCUUUUCACUAACAGUACAUCAUUUGCGUAUGCUAAUGCUUGGUGGGAUCUGUUGAUCAGGGUUCCAUAUCUGUUUAUUCCACUGUUUCUGAUGACUAUUUCAAGGGUUAAGUUAUAAAGAAGGGUGGAUGAUGCCUAAGCCCGUGUUAGACUUCAAAUUCAUCGGUUUCUUUACCUCCUACUCUUAUUGCACACCUUGUAUUUUCCAUGGUCAUGUUCGUCAGUUUUACUAGUUUAAAAGGUAUUUUUAGUUAUUUCAAAGCAUUUACCAAUUUUCGUCGAUUUACUGUAUCAUAUGCGCUUUUAAAAUCAAUAUACAUAAUAUGGGUCGGUAUUUCGUAUUCGUAUCAACAUGUGGGUACCUGUUUUAAAAUAAAGAUUUGGUCAGUUGUUGACCUUCCUUUUCUAAAGCUGCAUUGGUAUUCUCCGAUAAUUUUAUCUCCUUCUACUUCUAUGAGAUAGAAAUUUAAAACGACAAACGAUGUCUUGUAUUACUUCGAAUAAUGGGAAGUUUUAUAACCUAAAAAAAUCGUGAUUAUAUAGUGAAAACAGUUGAGUUGGGUCUUAAACGAGACGGAGGUAGUUUAUGAUCUGUCACUGGUAAAAACCCUCAUUAGUUUUCUACGGUCUUGUUUAAACAUAGGGUGAACUCGGAUCAAAUGAGAGUUAAAUAGUGGAAUACUUCCUUGUCUCUUUUUUACCUUCUUUGUCUAUACCACGGUUUUGGUAGAUCUCGCGCCAGCUUUCUUAUUCGAUCAGGUAACUCGGUGAAAUAUUAAUUUCCUUACUAUAAGGAAAUGUUGACUUUUUCUUUAAGAAAUUUUGUUUGGAAUAUUAAAAUUUCCUAUUGAUUUGCGGAAAAUGCAUUUACCUUAAUUUUUUUAUGAAUUUCCGAAAAAAGAACAUUUUCUGGUUUUUUAUUUCUUCCCUCCCUCUGUCAAAUAACCCCUGUCAUGUGAUACAUCAAUCAAUGGGCCUCGUCGAGCCGGAUAAUUAUUCUUAACGUCUUUUUGCUCGUUUAAGCAAAGUUUUUCCCGGAAAAUCGAUCCAUAUUUUCCUGCAAAUGUAUUUGGAAGUAUCGCCAGUUUAUAAAGAACGUAGAGUAGUAAAAUCGAUUUUUUUUUGGGAAAUUCGUCGGAAAAGUCGAACAAUUCGGUAAACAAACAACUUUUUUUUAAAUGUUCACCUAAAGAAAGGAAAUAUUUAGAAACUAAUAAAUCCACUGUCAAAAAAAGUUAAUACUGCCGGAAAAUGUAUGGAAACCCACUUUCCCGAAGGAUAAUAUAAAUUUUUUAUACAUGAUUCGAAAGAAAAUUUCAAUUUGUCUGAAGUAGUGAAAUUCGUACAGACAAUAUUUAGAUUCUUUUUAUUGAUAUUGAUUGCAAAACUGUUAAAAUUUGUAAAUAAAAUUCACCUAAAAUAUCAUGAUAAUAUAUUUAUUCAACUAGCAUAAGAUAGGCAUUAUAUGCCAGUAGAAUACUAUACUUUGUCCACAUCUGUUAAGUAUUUAUGAAAAUUAGGGCUAACAUUUUUUAUAGAACAACAUUUUUAUUAUUUGUAAAAUCAAAAACAAUAUUAACAUUAACUACAAUUCAGCAUUAAUUAUGUUAAUUAUUAUAUUUAAACAAUUUGUUAGGCUAAUCGCAGAAAUAGAAUUAUGUCACCAUCUUCAUCAAUAAAAUUAUUAAGUUAUUUUAAUAUUGGCAUUUUGUAACGAAAUAAACAGAAAAUCCACUUGGUAGAUGUGACACUUCAGUAAAUUAACAUUCUUCGAUUAUUCUUUGAACUGUGCAUGAAAUUUGGCAGAGAAAAAUCACCCUUUUGAUGUAUUAAAUAGUUUUAGUUAAAAAAUCAUCGAAAUUAUAUUUGCCGUUUAUGAUGAUUUAAUAAUAUUUAAUCUAAUAUAAAGAUUGUCUCGAAAAUAUUUCUAUAAUUAAUUAUAAGGAUAAAGAAAUGAAUGGCACAUAAUAAUUUUUUUCUGGAAAAAGUUAUUAUCUAGAGACAAUCUGUAUAUAAUAUAUAAAAAAAUUAAGUUACAUAUUUUUGAUUAAAUCUCGUUUUAUUUUAUGUAUAUAUUUUUUAACAAUUAAUAACGAGCAAAUAAAUAUUUUCAUUUUUUUUAUAUAGACAAAACCCGCAAAUAUUUGUAAAUUUUAUUUGUACAUUUUUUUACUACCCAGCGCUGUUUCGUGUUUUUUUCUCUUCUACACUUUUUUUUUUAAUUUUAUUUUAUGGUAGACAAUAAAUAUUAAGGUUUAUUCUAAUUUUAUCGAUUUGUUUUUCUCUAUGAUUAUAAUUAAAUCGUGUACAAGUUUUUUUUUUAAUUUUUUAUUAGGGGAGUUAAAACGAUGCGAAAAUUAUUUGUAGAAAAUUACCUUCUGUACAGACUAUGAGAGGCUUUAAUGUAAAGUUGCUUAAUA